UUUCAAAUAAACAGAGGUGCGUGUGUGCGCGCGCGCGCGCAGAGAAAGAGAGAGCGAGCGAAAGAGAGAGCGCUUGCAUGUGUGCUGCACAUAUUAUAUUCGGAAUAGUAAUCAGAGAAUUCAUCCGGCUAAAUGUGUGUUCAAAAAUAAUAAGACCCGCAGCCUGGAAGCUGUCUUGUCUAUCUAUUAGCUACAGAUAUUUAAUUCAUACAGAGUACAGCAGUAGCAGAAAUUUGGAAAUGAUAAACAUUCUCAGGUGAAUGGAGACUACAAGACCGUAUUUUAGAAAAUAAAAAGCUGAAUGCACUGGAGAUGAGCUGGUGUAAUUCAGUCAUUGACUACUGAUUUUGUCUGUGGCGCUCGCCACAACACGCAUCGGAGACGAACUAAGGAGCGCGUGCCUGUUGGACUCAGGAGUUGACAAGAGAUCGAAGUCGGACCUCCUGGCUCACACAAGAAGAUAAUGGGCACACUCCGGGACCUCCAGUUCGCCCUGCAGCUAAAGAUCGAAGAGCUGCGCCAGCGUGACACCCUCAUUGAUGAGCUCGAGUUGGAGCUGGACGCCAAGGACGACUUGAUCCACCGACUUCAGGGGGAGUUGGACCGCUACAGGGCAACCCUUUCUCCUCCGGGGCCUUCCACAGCAGCAGGGCCAUCUGCACCCCCUGACGAGCCCCAGCGCACAAAGAGACAGGCCAUUUCUGCUGAGCCCACGGCCCUGGACCUGACACAGCUCAAACAUGUCACCCUGACCAGCUACAGCAAGAGCAAAGAGUCUCAGCAGUUGAUCCAGACGGCCCUGCUUGAGAACGACUUCAUGAAGCACCUCGAGCAAGGGCAGAUCCUGGCCAUCGUGGACUGCAUGCACCCCACGACUGUGGCUCAGGGGUGCUGCGUCAUCCAGGAGGGGGACGAUGGCUCGCUUGUCUACGUGUUAGAAGAGGGGAAGGUGGAGGUAACCAAGGAGGGUCAGAAGCUGUGCACCAUGGACCCGGGGAAGGUGUUCGGAGAGCUGGCCAUCUUAUACAACUGCACCCGUACCGCCACCGUCACAGCCUUAACUGAUAUCAAACUGUGGGCAAUUGAUCGGCAGUGUUUCCAGACCAUCAUGAUGAGGACCGGCUUGAUCAGGCACUCUCAGUACAUGGAAUUCCUCCGCAGUGUGCCUUCCUUCCAAACCCUGCCUGAGGAUGUGCUCAGCAAAGUGGCCGAUGUGUUGGAGGAGACCCACUACAGUGAUGGGGAUUACAUAAUUCGGCAGGGGGCCACUGGAGACACCUUCUUCAUCAUCAGUGAGGGCCAGGUAAAUGUCACCAAGCAGAAAACAACUAGUGAGGAGCCAGCUUUCCUGUCCACUCUGUCCAAAGGUGAUUGGUUUGGAGAGCAGGCUUUGAAAGGGGAAGAUGUGCGGACCGCAAAUGUUGUCGCAGUGGGAAAUGUGACGUGCCUCGUCGUUGACAGAGAGACUUUUAAGCAGCUGAUAGGAGGCCUGGAAGACGUAAGCAAAAAGGCGUAUGAGAGCGAUGAAGCCAAAGCUAAGGUGGAGGCGGAGGCUGCCUUCUUCUCCAACGUGUCCCUCGGUGAUUUCCGAGUGAUCUGCACUCUCGGAAUGGGGGGGUUCAGUCGCGUGGAGCUGGUGCAGCUGAAGAACGAUCCCAGUCGGUCCUUCGCGAUGAAGGUGCUGAAGAAGAGGCACAUCCUGGACACCAGCCAGCAGGGCCACAUCCUAUCGGAGAGACGCAUCAUGAUGGAAGCGGUCAGCCCGUUUACCGUCAGGUUGUACCAUACCUUCAGAGACGCCAAGUUCCUGUACAUGCUAUUGGAGGUCUGUUUAGGCGGGGAGCUGUGGACACUGCUGAGAGACAGGGGCUCCUUCGACGACAGCACCACACGCUUCUACACCGCCUGCGUGGUGGAGGCCCUCAACUUCCUCCACUGCCGCGGCAUCAUCUACCGGGACCUCAAGCCGGAAAACAUCAUUCUGGACGAGCGCGGAUAUGCCAAACUGGUGGACUUUGGCUUUGCGAAGAAGGUGGGCCUGGGGAAGAAAACGUGGACCUUCUGUGGGACCCCGGAGUAUGUGGCCCCCGAAAUCAUCCUGAACAAGGGCCACGACGUGUCGGCGGACUGCUGGUCCCUGGGCAUCCUGAUAUUUGAGCUGCUGAGUGGGAGCCCCCCAUUCUCAGGCUCAGACCCCAUGAAGACAUACAACAUCAUCCUGCGGGGGAUCGACAUGGUGGAGUUCCCCAAGAAGAUCACCAAGAGCGCUGCGAACCUCAUCAAGAGACUCUGCAGGGACAACCCGUCAGAGAGACUAGGCAACCAGAAGAAUGGGGUUAAGGACAUUCAGAAGCACAAAUGGUUUGAAGGCUUCAACUGGGAAGGCAUUCGCAAAGGAACCCUGACCCCUCCAAUCAUGCCUAUUGUUAGCGGUCCCCUGGACACUAGAAAUUUCGACAGCUUUCCUUAUGACAACGAGGACCCGCCCCCUGAUGAGGAGUCUGGCUGGGACAUAGAGUUUUGAUCAAACAGAUCUGAAUUGCUUUGAUGUUGGUGGAAGAAUGGAGAAAUACAGGGAACUGGACUUGUCUGGCGUGCGCUGGACUAUUUUUUUAUUAGAUGGGCAGCA